CUCUCUGCUGCCAAUAUGAACAUCCGCUGUGCUGGGCCAGAUGACCUGAUGAACAUGCAACACUGCGACCUCCUUUGCCUUCCUGAGAACUACCAGAUGAAGUACUAUUUCUAUCAUGGCCUCUCUUGGCCCCAGCUCUCCUACAUUGCUGAGGAUAAGGAUGGGAAGAUCGUGGGUUAUGUCCUGGCCAAAAUGGAAGAGGAUCCUGAUGAUGUCCCUCAUGGACACAUCACCUCACUGGCUAUGAAACGCUCCCAUCGGCGCCUUGGCCUGGCCCAGAAGCUGAUGGACCAGGCCUCACAGGCCAUGAUUGAGAACUUCAGCGCUAAGUAUGUAUCCCUGCAUGUCAGGAAGAGCAACCGAGCAGCCUUGCACCUUUACUCCAACACCCUGAACUUCCAGGUUAGUGAGGUAGAGCCCAAGUCCUAUGCAGAUGGCGAAGAUGCCUAUGCUAUGAAGCAGGAUCUCUCCCAGAUGGCAGAUGAGCUGAGACGUCAGCUGGUGCUGAAGAAGGGCAGAUACGUGGUCCUGGGCUUCAAGGAGAACCAGGGCAGCACACCUGGUUCUGAAGAGGCCUGUCAGCAGGAGAACCUGGUCGGAGAGGAUAAUGACCAUGACAGCAAAGAGCACUGA